AUGGCUCCAGGACAAGCGUUCAACCUGGCCGAGGUCCCAGGGUCGCUGCUCCCCCGAGACAAGGCUCAGUGGGCAGAGCUGUCCGAGAAUGGCAUGUGGGGUAUCCCGACCGUCUUUGCCAUCAUCAUCAUCCUCUUCUCCGUCAUAUUCGGCUUCGCAGGCCUCCUCUUCAUCACCGGUCUCUGGGUCGACAAGCUUAGCCCAUGGCUGGAGGACCGCCGUCGUAGGCGGUCCGAGGCGCCGCAGCAGCAGGAGAACGAACCGAAGCCGCAACCGACACGCCAACACAAACCCAUGCGGCUCCCGCCCCUUCAGAACCUUCGCGUCCACAAUCCCAAGCGCAAGGUCGAGAACCCUUGUCUGGCCGUCAUGUCUAGUGUUCUAGCAUGUUGGGCUUCGGCAGGAUACAAUGCGACGGGCUGCCUGGCUGUAGAGAAUCAGCUGAGGCACUGCAUGGACGGACCCAAGGCUCCCAAGCCGCCCUCCAACACGAUAAACUACCACCUCGGACGUCUCCAGAAGUCGGUCACGGAUACGCGACCUGGAGGUGGACGAUGA